ACGGGCUGCCAGAUAGAAAUGGAGCUAGUUAUUACGCUGCUUCCCAAGCGGUAACACGUAGUUGGAGGAAUUCGCCAAGAGUGUGUCAAGAUGUCCGAGAAGCAAAGGCUUACGAAGCAAGAGACGAUAGAACUGAGAAAGAAGCACAUUGGACCAUCAUGUAAACUGUUCUUCAAGAGUGACCCCCUUAAAAUUGUGCGGGCCUCCGGAAGCUACAUGUAUGAUGAAAAUGGUCAUAGAUAUCUAGACUGUAUCAACAAUGUUUGUCAUGUGGGCCACUGUCACCCAUAUGUUGUGUCAGCUGGCAUGCAACAGAUGGCAGUCCUCAAUACCAAUAGCAGGUUUCUACACGACAACCUAGUCCUCUAUGCUAAAAGGUUAACUUCACUCUUUCCAAAACAACUGAGUAUGUGCUACUUUGUGAAUUCGGGCAGUGAAGCUAAUGACCUGGCAUUACGUCUUGCAAGUACAUACACGGGCCACAAGGAUAUUAUCACUUUAGACCAUGCUUAUCAUGGCCAUGUGAGUUCCUUGAUCAACAUCUCACCGUACAAGUUUAACCUUCCUGGUGGUGAAGGACAGAAAGACUGGGUCCAUGUUGCUCCUGUAGCUGAUGUGUACCGUGGCAAGUACACUAACAAGGACUACUCAAUGGAAGAGUUGUCUGAGAAGUAUGCUGAUGAGGUGAAGCUCCUCUGUGAGAAGGCCACCAAACAGAGUGGUGGGGUGUGUAUCUUCUUAGCAGAGUCUAUGCAGAGUUGUGGUGGUCAGAUCGUCUUCCCACCUGGAUAUCUGCGACAAGUAUACAAGCAUGUUCGAGCAGCAGGUGGUCUGUGUUUAGCAGAUGAAGUACAAGUCGGGUUUGGACGUGUUGGUUCUCACAUGUGGGCAUUCCAGACACAAGGUGAUGAUAUUGUACCAGAUAUUGUCACUCUGGGCAAGCCUAUGGGAAAUGGUCAUCCCGUAUCUGCUGUCAUUACCACACGGAAAAUUGCUGAGAGGUUUGGAGCAACAGGAAUGGAAUACUUCAACACAUUUGGUGGUAAUCCAGUGUCUACUGCAAUUGCUGAUGCAGUUCUUGAUGUCAUUGAAAAUGAAAAACUUAUGGAAAAUGCAACUAAUGUUGGCAAUUAUCUGUUACAAGAGUUUAAUUGCCUAAAGCAGAAACAUACCAUCAUCGGCGAUGUUCGGGGUCGAGGAAUGUUCCUGGGAUUAGAUCUGGUCAGAAACAGAGAAACACGAGAGCCAGCUACUGCUGAGGCUGCAUUCAUUAACAAGAGGUUAAAGGAGCAGUGUGUGUUGUUGAGCUGUGAUGGCCCUUAUGCAAAUGUUCUCAAAUUCAAACCUCCCAUUGUGUUUAGUGUUGAAGAUGCCAAAGAAUUAGUAAAGAAACUAGACAGUGUCAUGUUGGAAAUGGAGAAAGCUGAGAAUGAAGUAAAUGGUGUCUUGGAAAAAUUAUCCGUAAAUGGUACUACUGUUAAUUCCUCGAGCCAUACACAAUCACUUCGUAAUGGUCAACAUAACGAGAUUCAGGUCAAAGUGUGAUGCCCAGUGUACAAUAUGGAAGCCACAGUUCAGUAGGAGGUAUGGAUUAAACAGGGUUAUAUACAGCCUUCUUAGUGCCUCGAUGUGUACCAUGAUAAACUUAUAUAUUUUUCUUGUAUUCCAAAUAAAUUGUAGGUUUAUGCUUUCAGUGCAUGUGUCAAAACAUUCAUUAAAAUAUGAUAAAUAUAUUAAAUAUAUUGAAAACUAUGGAGCACGUCCACUACUUGUACUGUUACUGUCAAUGGCAUGUUGUCAACUAGGUUAGGAGGAAGGAUGUUGAGGGGUAAUAUUAAGAAUUACCUAAAUACAGAUAUAUUCACAUAGUGGGAGGCAUUUGGUUGUGGAGAUUGUUAGAAGGUAAAUAAUUCAUCUUAGAUUUAAUUGUUUUAAAUAUUAAUUCUGGUAGUAAAGUGCAUUGACAAGCUAUUGUAAAAAAAUUUCUUGCAAAACUUACCAAGAAUUGUGAUCUGCACCACCUCUGACAUUGCACAUAUUUUAACUGUUACUGUAAAUGAAGGUACAUUUUUAUCUUUUUUUUCAGCAUUAUUCAUUCCACCUGAAAAAAAUUCCUAUUACAUUUACAGUGCCUUUUGUGUUUGAGUUGAUAAUUUAUAUUUUAAACUUUGAAGAAUAUUAAUUUAAAUUUCCUGUGAAACUUUUGAUAUAAUUUGUCUGAGUGUCUGUUUAUGGAUAGUACCACAUUGGAAACACCACUUCUCGUCCAAUCAGCGAAGUUAAGCAACGUUGAGUCUGGUUAGUACUUGGAUGGGUGACUGCCUGGUCCUAAGAACACCAGAUGCUGCUGGCAUAAGGACAACUGUAAACAAGUCUCUCAUGGCUUUGUCAGCUAUCAAGUUGAUUGAAUAUUUAUUAUUAUUCAUCUGUUUAGGUCUACACUUAAAAUACUCCCACAGUUUUGACUCUUGCCAUCAUCAUAUGUGGGAUGGCAGCCCCCAGGGAGGGUUUUAAGGGGGUCACAAUUGGAGGGUUUUGCAUUUAAGUACUGAUCAGUCAGUUUCCAUAUGGGUAGAACAAGGAGUACAGUAUAGCUAGACAACAUAGCACAUGGUCUCAAAUUGUUGUACAGCAGGACCAGGUUAGGGUUGGCAGUAAGAGUAACUAAAAAGUAGGCUCUUUUAAGGAUAGGUACAGUCACUAGUUUCUUAUAUUUGUCCAAUUAUUGCUCCUAUAAUGGGAGGAGACAUUAUUUUUCUUUUCUUUUUUCAAACUUUUAAUAUUUAAUUGUUACUCCUUUAGUUUACAAUAUAAUGUUAUUACUGUUCUUCAAUAACUAAGGUCUUAAGCAUGUAGCAAGGUUAUAAUUAAGCUAGUCCAUCAGCAAUUAAAAAUUAUGGGAGAUAAAACUCUCCGUCCUACAGCUGAAGGCCAAUUAAUGCGCAAUUUGGCUGGCUAGUACAGUACUGUACUUUAAUCCAGUCACCCAACAAACUUUUAUUUUGGCCCCUCUAAGGAUUUAUGGGGAUAAAGAUCUGUCAACCUAAAAAGGUAUAUUUUGAACUACUGUUUAUUGUAGGACCCAUGCAAUACCAGUUUACAGUGGUUGAAAGUCACCCAAAUUGCAUAAAUUAAAUUUUUUAUUCAUUAUACCCACAAGGACAUGUAGUGUGUAACUGUUUGGGGAAAGACCUGUUUCAUUCCUAUACAGAUUUUGUCCUGUAUAAUUUUUUUUUUUUUUUUUACAAAGCUAAACAUUAUAACUUGUCAGAUCCCAAGGGUGAAUGCCUUACAGUGAAGGUGAUUACAUUCAUCUAUCUAAUAGUACUGUAUGUAAAAACAGAUGAGCAAAAAAUUUUUUCAAGAUAUUUUUAUUAUUGGGUGUUUAUUUACUGGUUGAAAGAGUGUUGAAAGUAUGUGAAUGAUAAAUUUUAAUACUAAAGUUACUUUAUACAAUGCAACUGUAGAAUAAGUUAAAAAAUGUUAAUACUUUUGAAUUUUAUAUUGUUAAGUACUGUAUGCAUGAUAAGGCAGUAUGUAAGUAGAAUGGCAGAGAAUUAUUUUAAUGGUAAUGUCCUGUGAUGUGAUUCAUGGAUUGUAAUUAUAUUAGAAGUAGUAAUAUCUACAUUAGCCAGAACUCUCCAAUUCCUGGAAUUGAAAUUGGCUAGAAAUUUUUCUGGAAAAAUUCUCUCCGUUCUGGGUCUGGGAAUAAAUUUUCAGGGAGUUCCGGGAGAUUGCAUCAUGCUCCAACGCAAUCCUAGUGCCCGGCCCGUGGGUGGCUUAGCUGCUUGGAUUGCUUGGUUCAUAUUCUGCUACCAUUGUGGAAGAUUGUUCCCUUGCUAUCUGCUGUUUUGCAUACAAUUUGUGUUGUGCAGUGCUGUACACUACUGUACCAGAGCAUAAUCAGUCAAGAUUAGUGUUAAAGCAGUGUGAAGAACAUAAAAAAUGAUUAGUUAACGGUAAAAGGGAAACACUGGAGCACGAUAGCUUUCGUCUUUAUUCAACACAUCUUCAGGUCAUGAGAUCCACUAUUCACCCACCCCAACAAUGGGUGACCUGACACUGCAUCAGAUCAGUAACAAGACCCACUAAACCCCUACCCCACCUCAGUCACAAGUAUUAAGUAGUGAUUAGUUACAUAUUAAAUUCAGCUGAGUGAAGUGUCAUCCUCCUCUAGGUUCAGCAUCUGCUGGUGAGUACAGUAUACUGUAUACAAUAUAGUAGUGGUAUACAUUAUGUUGUUUGCAGUACCGUAGUAACAAUACUGUAUAUUGUAAGCGUACAGUAGUUUGUCAUAAAUAAAUACAGCUCCAUGCGUCUAGACUCGGGAAAAUUUUCCCGUGAAGACUGGAAAGUUCUACAGCUUCAUUCAUAAUUAUUUAGGUAAAAAAAAAAAAAAAAAAAUCAAACUUGAUUAGAACUGAAUUUAUUUACUCGGGUAUCAUCAUUACUGUAUAUCAUAUCGUGAGCAAGAGUCGGAAGCCUCAGUAACAACACUUCCACGUUUCCCUAGCCUCUCCCAUGAACCACCAAGGUGAUGAGGGACCUGUAUCUCGCCUUAAACCUCAGUUCACUCUCGUCCUCUGUCCUGGAACAGUGGCUUCCCCUAAGGACCUCUACCUUCCCCGGGUUCCCGCGCUUCAAGUGACUGCCUUAAUCAUCCGUCGUACCAUAACAUUCGCCAGAGAGUAAAUGGUUAAGUUUUUCUCUGGCUCCUCUUUGAUCUUGUCCCCCAUAUUUUAGUUUGUACAGUAUAUAGUUAGGAUAUUUAUAUGUUUAGCUAGGACACUGGUGUAGGGUUAGCGGUUAGGAUUUAUUGUCUUUAUAAUUAUAUUAGUUAUUAAAUAUUAAAAACUA